AUGCAUAAGCCGUACAAGACUUUCGGCCAUCGGUCCGGGAGCAAGCAGGCUGAGAAACCUCCAAGGCUGCAGUUAAUGGUGCACAGAUUACUGUACAUCUCAAAUGUCCUGCCCUCAAUGAGACCUCCAAAUAUAUCUUCAACCAAGAAGCCCACAAAGGGACCCAAGGCCACUGCCAUAUUUGAUACCUUUGGUAACAAUCCGCUGCGAGAACCAUUUAGCAUCACACUGGCUGGUGAGGAGGUGUACGUUGUCGUGAACCCCAACGAUGUCGCCCAAGUAUACAAGAAUAAUACUUCGUUGUCAUUCGAUGUAUUUGUUCAGGACCUGAUGCUGUCCUGCGGCACAGACACGAGGACGGUGGAAAAGAUGAGCGAAGAGCCACCGCGAUAUAUCCCUGGGCGAAACGAUUCCAGCCUUAAUCCUUCGGGGAAAUCACUGGUUAGAUUGGCUGUCGAUUUCCACCAUAUCCAGCUGCUCCCAGGCCCAAACUCACAGGCUGGGCCACUGAUCGAUGUCUUGCUUGGGCAUAUUAAACGCGGGCUGGCAUGGGAGACUCUAUCCCAAGGCGAGUGUCUCGGGAGCCAAAAAUCCAGUAAGGGAAUUCAGGUGUCCCUGCUGGGACUGUGCGGACGUGUCCUAGUAGAAGCAGGAACGAAGACUUAUUGGGGCGAUAAGCUAUGGGGACUGACACCAGACAUGCUCAAAUCUUUCUAUGCCCUAGACCGCGGCGUCUGGAAGCUAUUGUUUCAAUACCCAAGUGUUUUUUCGAGAGACGCUCUGGCUGCUCGAGACACGAUAAUUGACAUUCUCACUCAAUAUUACCGCUUACCAAGAGAAGAGCGCGAGGAUUGUGCCUGGUUCACAAAGUCGCUAGAAACAGAGUCGAGGAAUUUAGGAUUGGGGGAGAGUGAUAUGUCUGCUGCAAUCCUCAUUAUCUUUUUCGUUGUCAACGGGAAUACCUACAAGUUUUGUUUCUGGGUAUUGUGCCACCUUCUCAGCGAUCCCAGCCUAUAUGCAUCCGUUAAGAAGGAGGUAUUCCUUGAAAACCGCACGGAUGGGCCUAGCCUCGAGCAUCUCACGAACAAGUGCCCAAUUCUAGACUCAGUCCUUAGUGAAGUUCUUCGUCUUUACUCGAGCUCAGCCAGUAUGCGAUAUAUCACUGAAGACACGUUGAUUGGCGGGAAAAUCCUUCGUAAGGGCCGGAAAAUCAUGCUACCGUAUCGUCAAUUGCACGAAAACCAAGACGUCUUUGGGAACGAUUUUUCCAAAUUCCGACCCACGCGGUUCAUUGAAAAACGGAAUUUAACGAGGAGUUCCAGUUACCGUCCAUUUGGCGGGGGGGCGACUCUCUGUGCAGGCCGCUUUGUGGCAAGGCAGGAAGUCCUCUGUUUCAUCGGCACAGCACUCCACCAGUACGAUAUUGAGCGGCUGGAAGACCCGAAUGAUAUACCACGGUUUCCCAGAGUUGAUAGCGCAAAGCCGACAUUUGGGAUUAUGGCCCCCCUGGAAGGAGACGAUCUCAGGGUAUAUAUCACCCCCAAAAACAUGUAG